AUGGGUUAUCGUGGUUAUCAUAUAGGCACACUCGGUGGCCUGGUUAUCGUGGGUUAUCAUGGUUAUCAUAUAGGCACACUCGGUGGCCUGGUUAUCGCACUCGGUGGCCUGGUUAUCGUGAGUUAUCAUGGUUAUCAUAUAGGCACUCGGUGGCCUGGUUAUCUCGGCGGCCUGGUUAUCGUGGGUUAUCAUGGUUAUCAUGGGGUAUCAUCUUUAUCCUGGGUUAUCAUAUGGGCAUUCAACAGCCCGGGUAUCAUGGUUAUUGGUAUCAUGGUUAUCAGUAUCAUGGUUAUCGAUAUCCCCAUUGUUUUGGCGUCGAUAUUGGCGGUUAUGGUUAUGAUUAUGUCCGUGACAUUGUUGACACCAUGGGUUAUGAUUAUAUCCAUGAUAUCAUUGAUACCACGGGGUUAUGGUUUUGAUUAUGAUUAUGGUCUUGUGAAAUCUGACCUCUGGAUCCACGGCAUUUUCAAUAUUGAUAUUGUUAUUGGCAUUGUUAUUGGGCAUCAUAGGCACUGGGGCCUGGCAUCAUAUAGGCACUGUGGCCUGGCAUCAUUAUCGGUAUUUCCUCAUCCUUCUGAGCAAUAA